AUGUCGCUUCAAACAACCCUAAUACAGUCCAUCAAGGAGGUUAAUCCCUGUAUUGUUCUGUUUGCAUCUGUCGUUCAGGUCGCUUUUGCUGCCUUGUGGUACAAACUUAUUGUGAAAACAAUAGUGGACUAUCACCUUGCUGCCGAUAAGGGCGUCCGUCGAGUGGAGCAUAUUCUGCAGAGAUACCCUCCCUACGUUCACUGGAUUGUUACUCUACUUUCGGCGUGCUUCCGCAUCGUCUUCAUCGCCACAAUUGUUGGCAUAUGCAAGGGAAAUUCGCUACAUGACUACCAGAAUGCGGCGUUGCUUGUUGCAGGGAUCUCGUGCGUGAGCCAACACUUAUCUAUUCAACACCAGCGCCCCUUGCCACUGCUUGCGGCUGAUGUGGGAUAUGAGGUUAUCGCAGCUCUUUUGGCUUCCCUUACAUACUAUGCCAUUAUGACAGUUAACGUAUUUUAG